AUGAGGAAAGAGCAUUCUUUGGACCUAAAACAACGAGUUGUAACUGCCCACCAAAACGGUAAAAGUUAUGGAGAGAUUUCUAAAUUGUUGAUAUUACCAAAAAGUACUGUUCGAAAUAUUAUUACUCGAUGGAAGCAACGCGGAACUGUUAUUAAUAAACCAAGAUCGGGUGCUCCAAAAAAGAUAUCUCUGCGUUCUUCUUCAUUAAUGAAAAGAUUAGUUACUUCAAACCCAAAAAUAACUCGAAAAGAAUUGGCCGAUAAUUUAAAAAUCACAGGAACGUCAGUGUCCCUUCGUACAAUCACUUCUACACUACGCAAAGAAGGUAUCAAUAAGCGAAGGCCCCGUCGAGUUCCGUUAUUAAAGAAAAUACACCUUUCAGCGCGAAUCCAAUAUGCAAAAAAUCUUUUGAACAAAGAAAAUGAAUUCAUAAACAAUAUUUUGUGGUCGGACGAAUCAAAAAUACAACUUUUCGGACUGAACUACACGCUUUCAAUUGGCGCAAAUCAAAUCAGGCGUAUAUCCCAAAAUGCACCAUACCUACCGUAA